AAUUAAAGGUUCAUCGACGGGAGAGUAAUCCCUGUACAUGAAUGACAAUUCUUUAUGGUAAGCAAAAUUUGCGAAUGGCGGCACAAUUGUCAUAGGUCUUGCCAGCAGCCACUAGAGCUCCAACGCCGAUUCCAACAACGGCGAUUCUGGUGUUUAUUCUGCUGUCAUUGGAGGAGAGGGGCACAUAACGAAGAUGGAGACUCCGAGCAAGAAAAACAAAAGAACUGAAGACAAAGAGGGUGAAACCAACAGAGGUGAUUCAUAUAUGUCUGAAAGCAAUGCAGUUGAUGAUCUUCCUUUGGCCAAAAGUAAUUACAAUCAACAUUUGGUCGAAAGCAAUAAAAGUGAAGAUGGCAAGCAGGGCAAGAAGAAAAAUAAAAAGAAGAAACCGAGUGAAGAAAGCAAAGAUAAGGAGUAUAAGGAGUUGAAAAGCAACGAAUGUGAAGAUCAUAACCAAGGAAAGCAGAUAAAAAAGAAGCAAAUGCUAAUUGAAGGAAACACACCGAAGGAGUGUAAUGACUUUAGGAGCAAUGUAGAUGAAGAUGGCAAGCAAUACAAAAAGGUGAAGAAAAAGAAGAAGAAACUAAGUGAAGAAAGAAAACAUAAGGAGUUCGAAAGCAAUGGAUGUGAAGAUGAUAACCAAGGAAAGAAGAUGAAAAAAAAGCAUAAGCUAAUUGAAGGAAACACACUGAAGGAGUGUAAUGAAUUUGGAAGCAAUGGAGGUGAAGACGGUGAGCAAGACAAGAAGAUGAAGAAAAAUAAAAAGAAACUAAGUGAAGAAAGUAAACAUAAGGAGCGUAAUGAGUUCAAAAGCAAUGAAUGUGAAGACGACGAAGGGAAGAAGAUGAAAAAGAAGCGGAAACUAAUGGAAGGAAACACACUUAAUGAGUCUAAUGACUCUAGAAGCAAUGAAUGUGAAGAUGGUGAGCAAGACAAGAAGAUGAAGAAAAAGAAACUAAGUGAAGAAAGUAAACAUAAGGAGUCUAGCAAGUUUAAAAACAAUGAUGGGAAACCCAAACGAGUAACUUUUUCUGAUGAAGUAGAGACGUUUUGUUGUGAUGGCUUAGUGCGUGGGAAAAGGUUUACACCUGAAGAAGAUGAGACACUCAAAGCAUCUGUUUUUGCCUAUAUAGAUUCUCAUGGUCUGGGUGAAGAAGGUCUUGAUAAGGUUCUUCAUGCCGCAUCACACAGUGAGGUUAGAGGCUGUUGGAAAGAAAUUGCACGAGCCCUACCUCAUAGGCCACACUAUAGUGUGUAUAAACGUGCUCAUGCUUUGUUGGAAAAUGUUGGGAGAUGUAAGUGGACACCUGAUGAGCUUGAAUUUAUACGGAAGUCCUAUGAGCAACAUGGACCUGAUUGGAGGCUAAUAGCUGAUGCUUUGGGUAAAAGUCGAGAUCAGGUAAAAGAUGUAUGGCGUAGAUUAAAAUAUGAGAAAGCAAGAUUUGGACAUUGGUCACAAGAGGAGUAUCAAACUUUAUUUAAUUUAGUAAACAUGGAUCUGCGCACAAGGUCUUUAGAGCCUUAUAGAAAAUCACAACAUGGUAUGUUGCGAGAUAAUAUUUGUUGGGAGGCAAUUGGUCACAAAUUGGAAACCCGAAACAGUGCAUAUUGCUGCAAGAAGUGGUAUGAGGAGUUAACAUCAAUAAUGGUUACUCGUGGUGAAUGGUGUGAUACUGACGAUUUCCGCUUGAUAGAUGCUUUAUAUACUUUGGAUGCUUGCUGCAUGGAGGAGGUAGAGUGGGACGAGCUACUUGAGCAUAGGUCUGGUGAUGCAUGCAGAAAACGAUGGGAUCAAAUGGUUCAACAUCUUGGGGAGCAUGCAAGGAAGCCAUUUAUGGAGCAGGUUGAAGUUCUGACAAAGAGAUUCUGCCCUGACUUGUUGGAAGCAAGAGAAACCUUUGACAACAAACCUGUGAUUUGUUGAUGUUUCUAACCAACAAAAUGAUUUUGUUAAACCAGAAUAUAUUAUGACUUGUAUGGUGUUUUUUGUGGGAUAACCGAAACUUUUUCUGUUAUAUUUCAGAAAAUGUACUCUAUGUUAGAAUUUGAGGGUGGUAUUCUUGUUCCUAUUUAAUAAAAGUUGAAACUUACUUCAAA